GAGAGAAAAUAUGCUGAAAAUGUCAUUUGUACUUUUUGUACUUUCCGUUCUGCUCUUCUUCACAGCUUCGUAUUUCAAAUUUCGUUGGUUGUAGAAGCAGCUGACUCAACUGAAAGCAGAUGCUGACAAAGCCGCGUCCACAACGACGGAAAUCCAAGCAAAGCUGGUUGUCGCCGAAGAGAAACUGAGGGAUGUUGAGAAAACUCGAGAAAAAGAGAAAGCCGAGGAAGAGAGAAUAAGAGAACAAUAUGCCAACGCUUUGGAAAACCUGAAAUCCGAACUAGCCGAAGCCCAUAGUCGCCUCAGAUCUGCCGAGUCUGCGGAAAAAGAGAGCGAGCAGUUGCGCGCCGAACUUGCUGAGGUGAAGAAACAGUGCGAAGAAGAAGUGGCCAAACAAAAAGAGGAAUCAGAGCAAGCCGUUCAAGAGUUCAAAACGAGAGCAGAGAAAAAACUGGCAAGGAUAAAAGCAUCCGCGGAAAAGGAAGUUAACUCAGCUAAAGCUGAGCUGCUGUUAGAGGUGGAUGAGCUACGACGCAAUCUUUCUGAACGUGAUCGGCGUUUUGAUGAGCUUGUUGUGGAAAAAGCUCGAAUGGAACAGCAGAUUCUUGGGCAGCAGGAGAUGGAGAAGGAAUUGGAACAGCGACGCGCCAAAGAGAAGGAGUUGACGGACUUCCGUAAGAAUGUCGAAAGGCACGUGGUAGAGCUGGAAGCGGAGAACAAACUGCUCAAGGAGAAAAAUGCUGAUCUGAAUAAGUACAAGGAGGAAAGCGAUGCCCGAACUGAAGACAGCGAACGAAAUGUGAAGGAGUUACAACAGAAGAUUAAAGCCCUUGAAGAUGCAAAUGAGGAAGGUUUUCGGAAAGCAGUUGCUAAGCAUGAGAGUAAUGAUAAAAAGGCUGUCAGAGACCUCCAAAGAGAAGUGAAACAACUAUAUGUUGAGCUGAGUGAGAAGACUGAUGCCCUGGACAUGGCGAACGCACGAUUAGCUGAGCUAGAAUCGAGUAGUUCCAACCGUGAAGAAGAGAUUGCAGAAAAGCAAACUCAGCAAGCUGUUGAUGCUUCGCCGAAUGUUGAGAUUGAGGAAGAGCUGGAAUCCAUGCGAAAACGGUUAAAAGAUUCACAUAAAGAGGUUGAUAAUCUUAGAGAAGAGAAUGCCCGAUUAGAGCGACUAAUGGACCAACAGAAUAAGAUUAACUCUGUAUGCACUUUUAUAAAUUUCAAUAUCGCUGCUUAUGCUAUUUGA